AUACCACAUGGUUAUUCUUAUUUCUAAGGAACAGCGGCCAUAAGCAAGAGUGCUCAUCUAAGUGAAAGGCAAAGAUUUGAAAGGUUACCAUCAGUUGACUCAUUUAACCAAAGAUCACAUGCCAAUGAGAUGCUCACUGGAUUACGCUACUUUGAACGACCAAUCAGGAAAGAAAACUUGGAAAAUAGAAUAGGAAGAAUGAGAAGGGCCAAAGAAGCCUUUAGCUGGGGAGAAGUGGACAUUCAUGCUCUCUGUCGCUGUUUGUUAGCUGUUUGUAACCAAGUCAGGGAGAUUAUGUCACAAGAGCCACGGCUUCUGCGUGUCACCUCUCCCACCUAUAUAUUGGGGGACAUCCAUGGAAAUUUCAGGGAUUUAGUCUGUUUUGAGAAAGCCUUGUGGAGAAUGGGCCCUUUAUUAACCCCAUCAAAUUUCUUAUUUCUGGGAGAUUACAUUGACCGAGGAGAGUUUGGUGUGGAGGUUGUAGCAUACCUAUUUUCACAGAAGAUUCUUGCACCUGACAGAUUUUUUUUGUUGCGAGGAAACCAUGAAAUUAGACAUGUGCAAAAAAUGUUCAGUUUUCAUAGGGAAUGCUUGUUCAAGUUUGGAGAGAAACUGGGUGAAGAAGUCUGGGAAGCCAUCAACACUUGUUUUGAUGUGAUGCCUGUUGCAGCUGUUGUAGAUGCUAAGGUUUUUUGUGUACAUGGAGGUAUUCCACCCCCCUGGUUUGGAGAAGGUUUAGUUGAAGCCAUAUUGGAUAUACCUACACCACUACAGGACCCAGAAUUGCAGAGUCAACUGGCAUGGGAGUUAAUGUGGAGUGAUCCUAUUAGCCAGGAGACACUGACAGAAGAGGAAGAGAAGUUACUGCAGAACACAGAUGGUUUCAUUGACAAUAAAAAACGUGGUACAGCUCACACUUUUAGUGCUGAUGCCCUGGAGUCCUUUCUCAACAGGAACAAUCUUUCUCAUGUAGUCCGAGCCCAUGAGGUACAGCAGACGGGUUUCCAGGUGCAGCUAAAAGGUAAACUAUUGACAGUUUUCUCUUCAUCUCAUUACUGUGGUGGAGCCAAUGAAGCUGCCUGUAUUUUAGCUGAUCGCUACAAGCUUAGAACCAUACGACUUGAUACAACCUGAAACUUGUUUUACUUGCCACUGGUUGGUCAUGAGAAACUGACAUUCUAUCAGAUUUGCCUGGUGGAGAAACACCUCAGGUAUUCGUGAGAUCAAGUCAACUUGAGCACGUUUGCAAAGGAGAGGGAAGGAUUCUGUUUAUCUGUUAUUUACUUUAUUUAACUAAAGAAUUUAUCCAUGGAUUUUUUUUCAAUAUUAUAGUCUUUUCAAUGAGUAGUUUAUUUUUGUGGUUAACAUUAUUUAGUUAUGUAUUAGUUGUACAUGUAAGACUUUGUUUACCUGUCCACCAUUUAUAAGCUAGGUAGAAAUGCAUCCAUUGGCUAAUUGAGACAGGGUUGUCUGUGUUUCCAAGGUGAUUUUGGAAACUUUCUUACCUGUACAAAGUUAAUACAAAUGUUAUAUUAGCUGUUAAGUUAGUUUUAUAAGUGAAAAAAAUGUUUCUAGUCUAAGGUAUGAGCAAAUACUAUUUAACUGCUAUGUUGUGCCAAUCCUCAGAGGUGAAUUGAUAACAGUUUGGGUUGUUUUUAACAAAGUGUAUUGUAUCUUGUUUAUUACAUGUGUUGUGAUG